AUGCCCUUCAACUCCCCUAAGCGCAAGAGGGCAUCGUCAGAGGAUACCGACCAGUACAGUCCAUCGUCACCCACAUCUACUGUCUCGAUACUCAGCCUUCAGGAAGCCAGACUUCGAGAAACUGAAGACUUGGGAAGGUACAGUCCUCGAGCGGUAGUGGCCGGUCGCCUAGGAGAACUGGCCAUCCGUGGAGACCGUCUAUCGACUCCCCCAACUCCUUAUGGGUUAGAUCAGGGCGCUGUCACGCAUUCGGUGCCGUCGGGAUGCUGGCCUGUUCUAUACGACUCUAUCUUUGGGCCUUGCAAAAUGCCCGAAACUGGCUCUCACGCAGAAGAUCAGCCCAAUCUAGACGAGUCGACGGAAAACACAUGCCAUCCCCAGUCUGAUAAUCCCAAUACUGGCAUCUCCGCAUCGCCUAGAAAAAGGCAGUCAAUCCCGAGUCCCCGCAAGAAGAAGAACCCAUCGGUCACAUCUAAGAUUCGCAGCGCGGGAAGCUCACCACCGCUCACCGGCGAUGCGCUUGAAAAUCCGCUUACAUGGCAUGACUCGGAGAUCACUGGACACAACCCUUCAGACCCGAGUGAUGAUGGCUACGGGAUAAAUGGCAUCGGUUUUAAGCCUACUGCGGCCAUCGCAUGGGCCAGGUCGCAAAAGAGGCAGAAACAAGUCGCAGAAUGGAAAAACCGGGAAGCAAGAGAGGCACGAGAAAAGCGACGAGAGCGACGCGAUGGUGCCGAUUUGGAUAAAAUCCGAAGCAUUCAAAGUGGUGCCAUACAGAAGAGGGUCAAGUUCAACAUGUGA